AGCUCAUGCUUAUGUUUUUGUUAUUGUUCUCUGGCCGUGGUACGGUUGUCGCUAGAAACGGCGAAUGCCUUCCAAGAUAAUUGCCACGAUUGCCUAAUUAAAUAGGCAUCGACAUUUUAAAACAAUAAUUCGCCUGAUUUUACGGAGAUUCCGCAGAUAAGGUGCAGCCGACAUCCCCAGUUCAUUAGUUGCCAUGGAGACUACCUGGAAAGUGGAGUUCCGGAAUGUGGGUAGUAGCUACUUCCCUGAGAGCCGUGUGGAGUGCCACUAUACCAUCACGUCCCAGCACACCUGGGCCAGCAAGGACUGGAUCGGCCUCUACAAGGUGGGCUGGAGCUCAGUGAAGGACUACCAUACAUUUGUAUGGGCGCUGGCUCCUGCUGGAUACAAGGAAGGAAUUGAUGCCAACUGCUGUGUGCACUUCCAAGCCUCCUACCUGCCCAAGCCGAAUGAGCAGAUGUACCAGUUUGUGUAUGUGGACAGCAGGGGGGAGGUGUGCUCCUGCAGCGCCCCCUUCAGCUUCAGCGAGCCCAAACCCCUGGACGAGCUGGUGGUGGAGGGGAUGGGGGCCCAUGAGGAUGGAGCAGGGGACGACAUGCUGCUGGUCAUAUCCAAAGCAGAAAUGCUACAGAGCCGUCUGGAGCAGUGCUUCAGGGAGCGCGGGGAGCUCCUCCAGGCCCUGGAGGCGGGGGACAGGAGCCGGGCCAAGGAGCGCAAGAGGAGCGAGAAGGAGAAGGAGGCCUGGGAGAGCACCCGGCUGCAGCUGGAGAGCGACCUGGACUGGCUCAAGCAGAAGCUGAGGCACAGCAAGGAGGAGAUGGAGGACAUGAGGAGGAGGCUGGAGGAGGUGCUGGCGUCUGAGGAGUACCUGGUGGAGGAGAAGAGGGUCCUGGAGAGGCAGGGGGAGGCCAGCCAGCAGCGUGUCAGGGAACUGGAGGAGGACAUCAAGGCCCUGGGGCACAGAGCUCUGGAGAAGGAGACCGAGAUGGAGAGGAUGAAGGAGAGGGCCAAAAAGGUGCUAUCCCAGAGGAAGGAGGAGGAGAAUGAACGGAAAACUCUCAAGACCAAGUUGGAGCAGACUGAGUCUGAGCUGCGUGGGUUGUCUGCCGAGUUCCAGGGCCUACGCAGCUCUCUGGCCCAGAGGGACACACACAUCCUGCAGCUCAAAGACACCAUCACCACCCUCACACUCAAACUCAGCAACGCGCACCGGAAAGAGGCGGAGAGUGAGGCUGCUCUGGGGGAGCUGCGCGGCCUGCAGGAGCGUCUGCGCGCUAGCGAGCGGGCGUGCGAGGAGCUGCGCGCGGAGCUGGGGGGCAUGGGCGUGAAGAGGGACCAGGGCCAGGCCGAGCUGCACCAAGCGCGCCUCACCUCCGCACAGCUCACCCUGCAGCUGGCAGACUCCAGCCUGGCCCUCAGGGAGGGCCGCGCCUGCUGGGCACAGGAGCGCGAGAGCCUGCAGCGCACCUCAGAGAUGGACCGUACGCGUAUGGAGAAGCUGCUGGCGGAGAUGCAGCGUAGAGAGGAGGUGCUGCAGGAGGAGAGGAUGGAGAGGGAGAAGAUCCAGGUGGAGCUCGGACGAGAGAAGGACUGCAACCGGGUGCAGCUGAGUGAGAGCAGACGUGAGCUUCAAGAAUUGAAGGCCAGUCUCCGUGUAGCUCAGAAGGAGAAAGAACAACUGCAAAUGGAGAAACAGGAUGUGCUGGAGUAUGCUCGUCAGCUGGAGCAGCGUCUGCAGGCCACUUGUGACUCCAAGUGGGGAGAGAUGGACCUGCUGCAGAGCACCCUGCGUCCUGAGUCGCCCAUGUCGGACUCUGAGGACGAGAAGCCAGAGGCUCUCCAGCCAGCGCGGAGCUCCAGGCCCCUGGCCCCCUACGGCCUGUGUGAGCAGCCCCAACCGGAGCUGCUGUUGCCGGCCACGCCACCGCCCUCCCCCCGGGGCCUCGCCUCCUGCUCCAGAGACAUCAUGGCCGUCGUCAUCAGCCAGCCCGCCCCCCUCUCCUCCCCUCGCCCCCCCGCCAACGCCAACGACACCCUGGCACACAGCUCGGAUUCGGAGGAGGAGGAGGAGGGAGAUGCAGUUCAGAUGGGAGGCAACAGCUCUGGAGAGGAGACCGCCCUGCUGCUGCCUGAUCACAGCGACCAGGCGCUCAGUGACCUGGCGGACGCCCCCUUGUGGUGAGAUGGUGAAGUGCUUGAAGUGCGUCUUCAGGAGGAGAGGCCGGUCAGCAGGGGUUCACAUGUUACUUUUAGAUCACUCAGCCCAACCGUCACAACACACACACAUACGAGCGCGCGCACACACACACACACACACACACACACACACACACACACACACACACACACACACACACACACACACACACACACACACACACACACACACACACACACACAAACACACACAGACUCACACAGAAACACACGGCCUGGGCCUGCUGAUACUUCCUGUCACGCCGCACCAAAUUUAAUGACCAAGUCGGUCUGGCCAAGCUGACGAUCUCUUCAAUUUCAAAUUCCCCCUGAAUUGUAGCCGGUGAGAAUUGAGCAUUUCCACCGGCCCGACUGAGGCGGCUUGAAGGCAGCGGCUGCAAGAUGUCAUUGAUGACAAAAGUUUAAUGUAAUACCUCGCAAAAAGCGCAAUCCAAAGGUCAUUUUCUCCUUUGCAAUUCGGAUGUUGAAUAGGGAAAAGUCCCCCAAUAGUUGCUGUGUCUAGGCCGACAGCAGGCAAACUGUAUUGGUUUCUCCACGGAUACGGGGCGUCAGUGAAGCGUGAGGCCACAAGCACAGGUCGAGGACAGGAGAUAGGAUAAUGGACCGUACCCUGUCUGUCAAUGGCCCUGCUGGUAAAUUCAGAGGACAGAGUGAUCUGAUUGAUUGAUUGAUUGAUUAUGCCUUCAACCAGUAGCAUACAGAGGCAUUUCAUAGGCGUGAGUUAAGCCCCGCCCCCUGACAACUUCCUGGAUAUGGUAGCUUGGCCAGACUAGAAGCUCGGAAGAACAUUGUACUCAUGAUAGCCAGGUUAGCAAACACACACACACAUGCACACACGCACACAGACGCACAGUAGUUCAGCAGCAGUUACAAAAACAGUACGUACAUGUGUAUGCAAUUUCAAUUCUGAUGUUUAUAUGCACUUCCGUUAUGCAAAUGGAUCACUGAAACCUCUGAGGAAGUUAGACGCGAGUUAGACGCACCUGAGAGAAGCACACGUGGUCAGGAGAACAUAUCAGAAAGGCAUUCAUUCCCUCCUCGAGAUAGAGACAAAGGGAAGUGGAGGAGAAGAGAAGGAAAAAAGAAACUGAAGACAGAACUUUUAUAUGGUCAUUUUAAGAAAUGUUACGAGUGUGGGUGUGUGUUUCGGGACGCGGGUGUGUGUAUUUCAGACGUGUGUCUGUGUGAGAGUGACCGGUCAUUCAAACGGCGCAGUCAUUUCAGCCGGCAGAGUAGUUUGUCAUUUAUUGUUGUUUCAAAAAAACAAAACAAAGCAAAAUACGAAAAAAAAAUCAAAAAUGAAAAUACAGCUUUAUAUUAUUAUGAAUCUGCAAUAAGUUGAAGUACAGGGUUCAAGACCUGUUUCCUUGUGUUCCACACCUAAGAUUUCUCAUGUCAUCCCUCUGCUAGAGCAGACUCUAAUGGAAGAAGGGAAAAGGCACAGAGAAGAAGAAGAGGUCAGAUGGAGAGAUAGAGAGAAGUCAGAGAUGGAGAGAAGGGAAGCAAGAUACAAUUGCGAAUGGUGAUAGUUUUGUGGCAGAGGUAGGGGAGAUGCACUUUAAGCUCCUGAAGUCAUUUAUUAUUUUCCUUUUUCUUUUUUUCCAUCCCUGUAUCUAUUUUGCCCCUGUAAACCUGAAAAGGGGUACAUUUCUCGAAACGAUAGUUGCUAACUAUGUUAGCUACUUUGCUGGUUGCAAUGCAAUUUCCCACUGGCAACUACCCAAGUUGCUAACUGUUAACAACUCCGCUUUCGAGAAAUGCACCCAAGGUUUGUCACAGUAGAUUGUAUCGGUACAGAGAGGCGACGGUCUACAUGAGGUGACCUGUAAUCUAAUCUCAAUUAAUAUGUAAACAUCAUAAUUGGAGGUAUAGUCUUGAUGCACUUUGGCAGUAGCCUGCUAAACCAGCUCCUCGUACAUCAUUUCAUGUCACUUUGCACAGAUGGCCUCACUCACAGUUGGUUUCGUUGACAUGGUUUCUCUCUCAGGCCUAGCUAGUCACGGAGAAGAAAGUGUAAAGUAGUGUACGUAUUAGGCAAGCCUAUAACCAGACUUAUUGCAUACGUCAUAGCCAUAGACUCUCUGUCCUAAACGAAGUGUGGUAGGAGACGCUGGUUCACUAGACUACUGUGGCUUAUACCUCCCAAAGAAACCCAAAUCAUGAAUGCUAACUGAUAAUCUUAAAUCCAUUUGAGAAUGUGGAGUGGGAAAGAGAGUGAGAGAGGUCCCACCUGAAGAGUGUCACGCAGUACAGUACAGUACAGUACAGUACUGUUUGGCAGUGUAGAUACAUGCAGUGGGGAUGUCCAGUUAGAGAUAUUGCUUUUUACAUACAUGUGUGCCUAAAUAACACUUAAGGAGUCUCACGUCUGUCUGUCUGUCUGUCUGUCUUUUUCAUUUGAGAACACUAAUGUUGUGUGUCGUCAUCCUCUUCCUCUUGUCUUGAAACAGAGGGACUUACAGUAGGUUUUUUUUUCCAGCAACUGUUCAUUGAUUUACACUUUGAUGAUUUUUAUUAACGAAUAAGUUCAACUAUUAGGUUAGUGUGACAACAAAAGAAAUGUUUGACAUCCGUGUUACUUAACUGAAUUAUUAUGAAAAACAGAAAACAGGCAUGGAAAGGUUUUGCUUCCAAAUCUGAUGACUGUACGGCUUGUGUCUGGGCUUCAUGUUUGAGGACAUGUUAGUCUUGUCUGGAUGAUUUGAUACUUGGUGAGCUUCACCUGUUUUAAAGCAAGAGAGCAUUUUUAAAAACGCCUAACGUGUGAUACCAAGCAGCGCUUAGCAUUUCACAUGGAAUUUAUUACUGUUGAUUAAAAAAUGUUUUUUUUUGUCUGAGAUUUGAACUUACUUUACUUUAGUAAUAUAACUUGCUUGAUUUACUGUAAUUGUAGUAAGACUAUAUACUGUAUCUAGCUGUCACCUCUUGGCAUUUUACACUUUCAUUUUUCAUUUUUUUGCUUCAUUCAGAUUUUUUUUUCCAAGUACUCUGACGGGUGUAAGAAACUGUGGGGUUGUGUCAGUCGACCACCGGCAGCCAGGAGCAGAGCAAAGCUAAUGGAUGUGAAAAAUGGCUCUUUUACGACGCUAUCCGAAACAGCCCUCGAAUAAUCACAAGUUUUUGGCAGUAAGUAACCAUUGGAGGCAGGCUCCUAUCUUUUUGAGGGACUCGGCCCUUGCACACUUUCAUCAUAAAUCACAGGCAUGAAUUGGCUUCUGUAGGGAUAUCUACUUUGGGUGACAUCAUUCUGUAAUCCGUGGCGGGGGAAGAGCAUAAAACAAGUAAGACUCUUAAGUCAUGUCAUGUUUAGUGGCUGGAAGAAGAACAUGCACCUUUCUUUUGGUUCCAGAUAACAGCUUUUGAAAAUCACGUUUGGCUUCAGCACAAAGACGUUUUGUCCGUUAGUGUAGAGAGUAGUGCAGGCCUUGAGAGUACUGAACUCUGGUGAGGGCAAGUCAUGUCCAUGGCUGCAUCUUUUUUUAUUAUUAUUAUUUUUGUUUUUAUUUGUUUGUAUGUGUGUGUGUUAUUUUAUUUACUCUUUUUAAUUAUUACGUUUGUGUUUAUCCCAUAUUCUCCUAUCUAAAAUGUAUUUUCUAGAAUUCUUCAAUACUGUAUCGGGUGCGGGUGUGGGUUUCAGUAAUAAAAUAAAUAUUACGUGUCACGUUGA